AUGGCAGACAUGGACUUCUUUGGGCUUUCCCUGCGCUCCCUUAUCAGAUUGCUGCACUCGCUCUGCUCCAUUACUAUAUUUGCUGAAGGCACACGGGAUGCUGGGAAUGUCCCACUGGUAUCCCAACUUUUUAAUCUGGCCUCAGUGAUGGAGGAAACACCUCAGCACGAAUCGAGCGUGACUAGCGAGCAACUCGCCGCGAUUGACGAUGAGGACGUUCUGAACAAAAUGCUGGAUGACGCUACGGAAUUUGAAGAGCGGCGGCUCAUCCGUGCGGCGUUGAGGGAGCUGCUGAAGAAAAAACGAGACAAGCGGGAGCAGGAGCGAGCAUCCCGGCAGGAGGUUUUAAGCAAAGGCACGUCAAUCAAGGGAGUUGCGGGUGCAACAAAACCACCUAUUAACCAGCAGCCUUCGACAAACAAACCCCCUUUGUCUUGGCAUUUUCAAUACUUGCGUACUCUGAUAUCUUUAAUUCUCCUUAGUAAGGUUGGUUCUGCUCCAGCUGCCCAAAAAAGCCUGCCCUCCACAGUCCCCAAUGCUAAAAACGUCAAACAGAUGCUUCUGGACUGGUGCAAGGCCAAAACGGAGCCAUAUGAGGGGGUGGACAUCCAAAACUUUUCCUCCAGCUGGAAGGACGGCAUCGCUUUCUGCGCCUUGGUGCACCGCUUCUUCCCUGACGCCUUUGAGUAUUCCAUCCUGAACCCCCACAAGCCCAGAGACAACUUCCAGCUAGCGUUCAGCACCGCAGAGAAGCUGGCCGGCUGUCCCCCUCUGCUGGACCCCGAAGACUUGGUCCGGAUGAAGGAGCCCGACUGGAAGUGCGUUUACACGUACAUCCAGGAGUUCUACCGCUGUCUGGUGGAAAAAGGCCUGGUUAAAACCAAGAAACGAUCUUAG